CUUGACUCUGCCUGCUAUGGUUAAUUUCUACAGUGGAAAGACUGACCGUAGCCUAUCUAGGGUUAUAUAAUCUUUGGUACAGAACUCGUUUCACUCGGCUCGGAAGUAUGCCAGCUAUUUCCGGUUCCAGGUGCGUUCUAUUGUAUGCUAACUAGUUAGCAGCUUCAAUUACUGCAGAUAAUCGGCGAGUUUUGCAGUUUUCGUAAUGAACGUCUAGCUGAUAUCGUAUGGACGUAAUUGUAAAAGAUGCCAGUCGUUUAAGUGGAUACAUCCACGACGUUUAGAGAACAGUUCAGUGCGUUUGGCACUCAAAUUAACCUACUUUGCCAAUAAGUUGAUAGCUAGCUACGUGGACGUUUUCGGAUCUUGAUUAGCGAACUGUUAUAGGGGACAAGUUCAAGAAGUGGAAGAGACUCAAGAGAAACGCUGUCAGAGAUUUAAUAUUGGCCUGCUUACAUUCCUCCACUAAACGUCUUUACCCUGUAAAGUUGGACAUGUUCUUCAGAAAGUACCUGAAAAUAUUGUAGCCAAGUACAUAUAUGUAUAGACUAAGAUAUCUUACAAUUGAAUCCCUAAUCUUUACACUGUAGACGUAAAACUGGCUAUUCGAUUUACUCAAAGUUGUAUUUUUGGUAUGGUUUGUAUGGCACUCACUGUUAUAAGAGAGAAAUUGGAUAAAGCAAGGUGAAAGUCUAUUUGGGGAAGACAUGUAGCUAGUACCUCACAUUGGAAUGUUCCCUUUGGUGUAGGUGUUGUGCUGUGUAGGGACCGUAUUGUUGGUUUCGAUAUAACAUUGAACACUUACAGGUCUUUCAUGUCCUGAGGUGCACACCCUCUAAUUGUUAAUUUGACUCAUUCAUCUAAUGUACUAUACUCUAACAAAACCUUUGAGCUGAUAGACAUACAGUUUAACCCGUACAUUCUUCAUAAAUCCUUUAGUCUAAAAUACAGACAGAAUUAAGGGAGCUGACAUGACAGCUGUAGUAGGAAGAGUCUGGGGGUGGUUGCGUCCAGCUGUCUCCUACCGGCCCUGGGGCAGCAAAGUAGCACCUGACAAAACCAUGAAAGACGAGAGGCAGACAAGAGGCAGCUGGGGCUUGGGAGGGUUAACAACAUGGUUUUGGGGAACUGGACAGAAAAGGCAAGCAAGUGACCAAACAACAUUGAUUGAUGAGUACUGGGAAGCAAGUGAGGAGAAAAUCCAGUCCCUGGAAAUUGAAGAUCUGGGCGAGGGCAAGCAAGUGGCUGAGGGGAAAGCAGAACAUGGUGGCUCCAGAUGGUGGACUAAGGUUCUGCCGUCCCGCGACUUCCUCUGGCCAAGAGCAGCUGAACCUGGUGGGCUCAAGCAGAGGAAAUGUAUCGGUGGAGGAUGGGACUCUGACAACGAUGGGGAGUAUUCUGACUAUGGAACUCCUCCACCUUCUCCCACACCUAGCUCCUCAUCAGCCUUCCGGUUCUUUGCACGUGCCUGGAAUGGGGAGAUAGUUCCGGAACACUAUGAGAUCUGCUUCAACCUCCUCCGUCACCUGUUUGACCUGCUCGUGGUGGGCUUCCUGUGGACUGUGUCCCCCCCUACCAAGUUGGUCCUGGAGAUGCUAGGGAUCCAAGGAGGACUGAAGUUGUGGCUCCAUGGAAUGGCAAUGUUUUUUGUCUCCACUGUUGGAAUGGCAGGACUGCUCUGGGUGGUCCAGGAGUAUCUUCCACAUUUUGCUCUGGUGUACGGCAUCGUGCAAGCACUAGUCAUCUCUGUCAGCGUCCGGCAGUGUGUGAUCUUAGGAGAGGGCGAUGAGGUGGAGGAAGAGAAAGGAGAAAAGGAGGUGGAAGAUGAGGAGGAAGUGGGAGACGAUGGGGAAGUGGGAGACGAUGGGGAAGUUACAGAAAUGUACCUGACUACAAAAUAAUACAUCAAAGGAAAGAUGAUCCGUGAAAGGAAGUUUGUUUUGGAAAUCCUUUGACAUGGAGGAAAGUUGGGGGGGGGGGGGUGUUGUUUCGAGACCCUGACGUGGAGGGACUGAGAAGUUACGUAUCGACAGCCUAUCAAUGCAAAGACAGUCACGUGAAAAGAGCUGAGCCCAGCUGACACUGUGUUCAAUGAGGAGAGGGAGAGAGACUGAAGGACUUUGAAGCUACAUUUCACCUCACUACUGUGAUAUUCACUGGAGCUGAGGCAAAGCACAUCCACUACAAUCUUGGUCAAAUAGGCCCCAGUGAUAACACUGUUGUGUUGAGUUUCCCUCCCCCUAAAGUACUAUUCUUUGAUACUCAAAUUCAUACAAUUAUGUUUAAUUAGACAUGGUAAGAGGGAUUAUUUUUGUUUUGUUCAGAUUCACUUUUGAAAAUCUACUCGACAGAUACCAGCACCUUUUUUUCAUAGUUUUCUUUCAAAGCUUGAUGUUUGUUUUUUGGACGCAAGGUUUUUAUUAGCCUUUUCUGUUUAUUUCCUGUGCCAUAAUACUGCAUGUGUAGGUAGUUUAACUUUACAAGUAUGCCUUAGUAUAUUACCGUAUCCCUGUCUUUCUCCAUGAUAGUCAUAUUCUUAAUAGUACACUACAAAUUGAACACAUGUAUAUAUGUAUCUGUCUUAUCACACACAUGGUUCCUGAUUUGAAAGGUAACUUACAGACCAGAAACAUUCAAUGGUAACCCUUUUUUUUUUUUUAAGAAAAUGUGUUUAUAUGGAACUUGGUUGUGCAGUUAUCCAGUAGCAAGUUUUGCACAAUCCCAUAGAAACCAACAGUCAAGCUCAGGAACACUAAAUUCUACCUGCAAAGGUUUUCUUCCUCCUCAGCAUGAGCCACAAUCUACAGUAUUGCAUGCGGAAGAGGUUUUUUUUUUUUUACCCACAGUGCCCCUGUACCAUGAAAGAAUGUUCUAGUUUCUACAAUGGCCUUUUUCAGAUUGUUUUUUUUUUUACCCACAGUGCCCCUGUACCAUGAAAGAAUGUUCUAGUUUCUACAAUGGCCUUUUUCAGAUCGUUUUUUUUUGUUGUAUCGUAGCAAAACAGAUACAGCUGUCAAAACUUGAUAGUGAUGCGGAACGUUAUACGAUACUACCCUCGCUGCGUACUGAUACUGAGAACUUUGAACAGUGAUACCAUAUCUGCAAUUCCUCUCUGCCUUUUAUCUCGUGUGUGUUUUUUUGUCACAUUUUUUGACUUGUUACUCCAUGUGUCGAUUAUAAAGAAAGAUGUUGUUUUGUAACGAGAAUGUGCAAUGUCCCCAGACAAGUGCUGGAUCACUGUCAAAAUGACUCGAGAAUCUGAUUCUCAAAAGCAAAACAAUGACAUGACAAUCCACCAUGGCCAUGUUCAGUAGCCAAACAUUGAUCAAUGUUGCAGAUGUAAAAAUGCCAUGAAACGAGUGACGUAUAAUAUCUCAUAUGGUGUGUUUAUCCCUAGAAGGCACCCUAUUUCCUAUAUAGCCCUCUGGGUCCUGGUCAAAUGUAGUGCACUAUGUGGGGAAUAGGGUGCCAUUUGGGAUGUAUGCAAGGCCAUGUGUCAGGUAUUGGGAGCUCUCCGUCAAUAGGAUUCAUACUUUUGGCAGCCAGGACAAAGACCAGAAUAACCUCCCUGAUGAGGUCCCUGGAUGUGAUCCGGAUCAUUUGACUUAUUUCUACUCGUCUCCAUGGCCACAAACCACUAAUUCAGUAUCCCUCUGUGUUGACCUAUAGUGAGAUGAGGUAACUACGGUACAGUCCUGGAAACCUGAACGGUCUUGUAGGUGGGGUUGAUGGGAGACCCAGGGGUUUAUUCAUUAGUGCACACCGUAGAAAAACAUUGUGCAACAGAAAUUAGUUCUGAUAGUCUUCCCCCAUUUGGCCUGUUUGCUUACGUUUGGUUCCUAAUGAAUACACCCCUGGCCAGAACUAUCAAUGUUGUAGGAGAGAUUGUUGGGAGGUCCAGAACUAAUAUAAUAAUAAACCAAUAUUCUCAUUUC